AUGUCAACCUAUCUGCCUGAAGAAAUUGUGCUGAAUAUUCUCACCCUCCUGCCCCCAAAAACCCUACUCCGAUUCAGGUGCGUUUGCCAAACCUGGCGUACUACUCUCAUCGGAAAUCCUGAUUUCUUUACCCAAAACAUCCUUAACCAAUCCAUUCUCCGAUUCUCCGAUCGUCCUUCUCCUCUCCUUCUCGCCGAAGCCAAUGGAGGAUGGAACGAUUAUUUCAAGAAGGAUUUUUACUUCCUCUCUGACCAGAGCCUGGAGUGCCACUCUCAAAUUAUUCUCAAGGGAAGACGUUUCUUUCGAUUUAUGCUUGUGGCGUCCUGUAAUGGUUUACUCUGUCUUUCCGACUACACUCUCAACAUAAUCUAUCUGUGGAACCCCGCCACGUCAGACACUCCCAAGUCUCUCCUGCUCCACCCGCCCCACCUGGCCAACCCGUUCCGGCCGGUUGGUAGGUAUCUGGUCCCCGCUGGCUUACAGCUGGACACCGUCGGAUUCGGUUUCGACCGGAGAUCCAACGACUUCAAGGUGCUGACGAUUAGUCAUGUUCGUAGCUCUCGCAACACUUGUUUCUUCUUCAAUCAUCCAGUUCGCUUCCAACCGAAAGUAUAUAGCCUGAGGACCGGGACCUGGAGACUGCUUGACCUACGAGUGCCGUUUGAGCAAACUCCAAACUUAGAGCCAUUUCCAAACUUUCCGACCACUGCGGCGGAUGGGAUUUUUUUCUGGUGGGCGGUGGCGGAUCGAAGCUCUUAUAAUCAUAAAUAUAAUGAGAAAAUUGUUGCCUUCGACUUCAACCACGAGUUGUUCCGAACAACUCCACUCCCGGACGGUGCAGAUUCCACAUAUUACUCCUGCUUUGAUUUCACGGUGCUAAAUGGGUCCCUCACCAUUAUGGGUUUCCCGUUUGAGAUGAUGAGAAGAAGCAGAAGCAGCUGUGGAUUGGUGAUAUGGGUUUUGUUUGAAUUUGGUGUGAAGGAGUCGUGGACUAAACUCAUAAAUCUUCGGCUCUCAAUAGAAAAUCCGGGAAGGCCAUUGGGUUUGUGGAAAAACAGAGAGUUGAUUAUACAGAAUGCGAAGGGGCAGCUGAUUUUGUACAAUCUUUUAACCCACACAAAGAAGGAAGUUGUUUCAACUCAUCGGAACACCCUACCAUUACCGCCGGUUUUUCGUUUAAAAGGUUUUCCCUACACGAGUUCGAACUCGAUGAGGCGGGGAAGGAUUGAGUUGGAGUGGAAUAUUUGA